UAUACCAUCUCUCGACUCACAUUUUGCUCUCUUGACAAACUCACAGGCCAGGCCGCUGCUGCUGUUGCUGUCCACAUGGAUUCCUUUUUCAAAAGGGCUUUCGGCGAUGCCGCGUGCUCGGAAGAUAACAAUGUGGUCCAGCAGGGAAUCGAAAGAUGCCCGUUCCUGAGGAACAUCAACGAGCCCACGAGUUUCUCCUUGACAUCCGUCAACUUCCCCGUGCCGGCGACCGGAGCAAAGGGUCCAAUUUUCGAGGACGGGCCCAACUUCGACACGGCGUUCCGGGUUUUCCACGGCAGAGACGGGGUUGUUCCGCUUUCGGAAGGAUCCUUUGCGCAUAUCCAGAAGCCUCUGCCCAAGCCUGAUCCUGAGUUUAACCCCUUGGCGGCCAAAGCUGCCACCAUCAGCCUCUCGGGAUUUGGAGGCUUCUUCAGCUUCGGCGAUUUCCAAAACAAGCGCAAUAAGAAUAACUCUAACAAAAAGAACCCCAACAACCUCCCCCAGAAUCAGAACAAAGGCCCGUCUAACAAUAAUCAUGAAGCGAUGAGCAACGAAUGGCUGGAAAAUGGCCAAUGUCCUCUUGCAAAGUCAUACAGAGCACUUGGCGGAGUUGUGCCUCUCGUUGCGAAGUUGCUGACGCCCCCAGCUGGUAUGAAACUGACGUGUCCUCCUGCGAUUGUUGCUGCCCGUGCAGCAAUAUCCCGCACGGCGUUUGCAAAGGGGCUUCGCCCUCAGCCCCUGCCCACGAAAGUAGUGGUGAUCGCACUGCUCGGUAUGGCAGCAAAUGUUCCACUUGGCAUCUGGAGGGAGCACACCACCAAGUUUUCUGUGCAGUGGUUUGCGGCGGUCCAUGCUGCUGUGCCUUUCAUAGGGAUGCUGAGGAAGUCUAUUCUGAUGCCGAAGAGCGCCAUGGCCCUUACCAUAGCUGCCUCAAUACUGGGUCAGACAAUUGGUUCAAGAGCUGAACGUAUCAGAUUGAAGAGGGCAAAGUUAGCAGCAGAGGGCCAUGGCCAUGAUCAUGCUACCCGGAUUGAAGUUCCGGUGAGCCUGAAAACUGGGAGCUCAGGUGUUGCUGUCCAGUUCUGGGAUCCGCUCGCCCUCAGGGUCAAAAGCACUGUAUCCCCAGCUAUGGUUCCAUCUGUUGGUGCUUUGGUUUGAUGAGAUGGUGAUGCUUCAUUUCGGCUGUUGCAAGAAUUGUAUCAGAGUUUCAGAGUUUGUUACUCCUUGUAUUCAUCGUUAUUGUGCCUUGUAAAGGAUUAUUGGCUACAUUCUAUUCUUCUCCCCGUUGUCAUGUCUCUGGGAGCAGCUAAUAAAUUUCACGUGUCUUUGUUUC